AUGAAGACUGUAUUCGUGAUAUUUGCUGCGUUCAUGGUUUGUUACGCCAUAACUCUUGUUGAGAGGUGAGCUUGUCACUUAGAUGGUUUGUUUGUAUUUACUGAUACUGAAUUUAGGUCCAAUCUCCAAAUAUGAUGACCACACUUCUUUGCCGGCGCGAAAAAGUCAUUCUACGUGCACGACAUGACUUCGGGGGCACCCAACGUCAAUUUUCGGAAAAUAUCUGUUUGGAAUACGAUUUGAGAUCUAGAAUUUUCGGAACAUUUGUCUUGUAAAAUUUCUUGCUUGCCUGCCUCUCCUAGGAUUUUCGAACUUCUAGAAAAUGGUAUAAUUGCCCAUUUUUAAGGGAAUUUUUACCCUAAAAAGGGCACCUAAAAUUUUCGAAAGCCUUUUUUCUGGCUGAAAUUUUCGAAAAGGUAAGUUUUGAUCCCUAUAAUUUUCGGAUCACUAGACUUUCAGCUAGGAAAUCCGAACAGAGGAAAAAUUUGUAGGGGAUAAAAAUAUGCCUAUAUCUACCGUUUAAAUACUAAAAUACGUUUAAUAACGCUAUGUUUAAGUUGUUUGAACUAUAUUCUCGUUGGGUGCCCCUGUGACUUUCGCUGACCAAUGAUCGUAACGGGGAUUUAGGUCUCUGCAGUUCGGGCUUUUCUUUUUGAUGAAAAGUCACAGAGUUGAAGCUGAAAACGCUGUAAGUUAACUGAAAUUUCCUUAAAAUCAAGUAUAAGUUUUUGAAAAUUCAAUCCUGAUCGUUGGAUUUUUGCAUAGAAGUGUCCGAUCGUUAAACGUCAUCCGUCAAUUCAAUUGAAAGCCAGUAUUUCACGACACUAAAUGUCGUCAUGCGUCUACUCACUCCUCCACGCGAACAGAUUGUCUUUAGACUGUUCACAGUCCUCUAUUUUUCCGUAAGAUCGUCGAGAUCGAGCGCUUUGCGUUACGGGCUGCCAUCUUAGGUGAGUGUCAAGAGCUAUAAUCCCCCCUUCCCCCUCGGUACAUUUGAAAAUCAAGAUGUAGCUGUGACGGUAAGACGCGGUAUAUCUAAACGAUCUCACGAAAAAAUAGGGGACUGUGAACAGUCUAGAUUGUCUUGUUCCCAAUUAAUCAUUCCAUUCCAAAGACUACCAAAUUUUUAAAAACAUUUUGCUAAAUAGUGAAUAUGAAAUAGCACACAUCACUGAAAGUAAUCAGUGCCGAAGGAGUUUCAUAAGUGCACCAAAAUGCAUAUAGGCUUUUAGAGAAGAAGGGUUUUAAAAUAAAAUGAUACUUGUAAACGAUACUAAAUCUCCUGAUAUCUCAUGAUUUAAAAUCUAAUUUUGUUUUUUUAACAUGGCGAAAGCAAAUCAAAACAGAGGAAUCCCGAGUAUCGCUGAACUUCUCGAGGACUUUGCCCAAAGGGAAUAGCUUAUCUUAGAAGAUAAACGUUUAGUCUUUAGCCCUUCUUUGCCUUUUUUCAUUUUUUACAACUUUGAACCUCAAUUUGCAGUAUCUUAUCCAGCCAUUUUGGGAUAAUUGAGGCGAUAACACCUCGGAUAAAAGCUCUCGUACGUGCUUUCAGGGCGUGCCGUGAUAGCUGAUUACGCGAAUCAAACAAAAGUGUGCGCAAUUUCGCCUCUUUUUUCUUCGGCAAAUGGUUUUUCUUCAAACCAAGUGUUUUAAAAGGAAAGCAUAUAAGUAAUUUUGGUGUCUUAAAAGACAAUUUUUUUGAAUGCACUCAUUCUGGGACUCGUUGAAAGUUAUGAGUGUUGUGAGCCUAGACGUCCUGUCUGAGAACAGGAAGGGGUUAACAUAGCCUCCCACGCAGGCGUUUUUAGGGGAGCUCGCGGAGACAUGAAAAACGAGCUCUCCAAAAAACGUCUGCGUGGGAUGCUAGGGUUAACAAGUCAAGAAUUCUGUUGAUGUUUCUGUUGAUAUCUGAACUCAGAUUUCCACGUACAUGUCAUUAACAGUAUCCCUUUCAGAUAAAAAAUUUCCGCAACUCCUCACAAUUAAUAUUAUGCAUGAUGUAAUCACAGGGUCCAGAGGAGUUUCGUGUGAAUAAAUGAAUUACUUAUUUUAAGUCUCACCUUAAAAAAUGUCUAUACCUGUCGCUUAGCACGAUUUAUUAGGCCAAUGGGAUCUUUAUAAAUCUACCGUGAACGAUUUUCUUCGCUUCUUUUCUGACCCAGAUCGACUUUGUUGUUCGCCAUUUUGAAAAUCAAUAACCGCAAGUCAUAUCCUCGCUGGCGCACGGAAAGUCGCCCGAAGCCCUCAGUCUCUUGGUUUGCGGUAUAUAAUGUGUCAACACGUGUAUCCCGUUUCAUAGAAUUCGAGUUUAAUUUUCCUUUUCAAAGCAGUUGAUUUUUCUAGGUGAAAAUAACGUACUUGAAGCUCAAGAACAGUUUUGAGUCUUUUGCCUGGUGGUGUGAAGUUUUCAAAGAGCCACUUUCCCGAAAUUUGGAUGGGGGCUGUUGACGUUGGCCUUCUGCAGAGGCUGAAGGGGCAACCGACUAUGCUUCAGACUGUAUGCGUGCACGUCAACUCGAAUUUUCUCUCCAUGUAACCUUAGUGAAGAUUAUUUGGAUUUUUGUCGAAAUGUUUGUCUUCGUAAUUGUAAUCUGCAAGAUUUUUCACUGUUAUGAGCACAAUCUUGAAUGUUUGGACGUAGAAAGAUCUAAGUCGCUCUUCCGGCAGGGUAACGUUUUACGUCAUUCGAGAGAAAAAUAUGGCGGGAAAUAUGAAUCACGGUUGAUCUUUAUCAGGUCUGUCAGGUCGAAUGAAAUUUAACUCAGUCAAAUAUGGACUUCAAAAGAAAGGUACAUCAACAAAACAUUAAAUAUUACUAUCAACUUCUUUAUGAUUAAUUUUAGAUUUAAGUUUACCACUCACUUUACGAGAUACCAUAUUAAGCUUAUAGUUUAUCAAUGCUGCACGAAAUUAAGGAACACUCUUUGUUUUUUUUCAAUAAGAAUGUUGUUUUUCCGGCCCAGGCUGAACAUUCUUAUUUUUCUGCCAAUUCUAGGCAGAAAAUAUUCUUGUAUUAUUCUUAGAUUAUGGCUUAUGACAUACCGUAAAAUUCCGAAAAUAAGCCCCGGGGCUUAUAUUUUUCAAAGGCCCUUUUUGAGGGGCUUAUUUUUGGAGGGGCUUAUGUACGAAGGGAAAUUUGCGUUUCAAAAUCGAUUGAGCUAGCUUGUAGUGGGAAGGAAAUUUACCAUUUUUGCUUUGUUUUACUUUGUAUUUUGAGGGCAAAUUCCAUGUACAAACCCCUCAGGGGCUUAUAUUCGGAGGGGCGAUUUAACGGAGGGUUUUUUGCGUUACAAUUUUGAGGGGCUUAUAUUUGGAGGGGCUUAUUUUCAGAAUUUUACGGUAUCCGUUUUAGACUAUUAUAAUUAGUGCAGGUUUUUUGGUUUUGUUGCCUAGUCAGUUCCCCUUUAGAGAAUGGAAUAAGUUGAAAACAUGUAAUUGUAUUGUAUUUACAGCUUUUGAACACACAAAAAUAUAUCCUUUUCAAUGUCUCAGCUUGGGGUAUAUUCUUAAAAUAUUCUUACAAUUUUGCAAAUUUCAGCUUAUAUAUAUUCUUAUGGAAAAAAAAGAGUAUUGUAAAUUAACGUGACUUAAAUUAACGUGAAUUUGGUGGAAAACAACUUUCAAAUAAAAGAAAUUAAUGCAGAAGAGAGGGUAACAUUUCAAAAUGAAGGAAAUUAACGUGACACUAACAAAGAAACAAAACUUGUGGAGAGACAACAGAAACAAAGUUAAACAUGUAAUCUGAAAUGGAAACUUUGUUCAUUUCCCUAAACAAGUCAAGUGAAGAAAUCUGGUCACAUUGGAGGGUUCUUUGCAGUUUCACUGUUGUCAGCAGAUCUCCCCUCUGAUAAAACACUCCUCUUUCAAAGUAACUGUUGUCAAGAAUGUCAGUGUAUCCAAAAUAAUGGAAAUUAAAGUUGAGGAAGUUAAUGCUCCACUUAAUUAAUGGUAUGGAAAUUAACAUUUCAACAAAUUAACCCGACUUAAAAGUAAAGUAAAUUUUUUACAAUGCACAUUAAUUUCACAAAGUGUUAAGUUUCCUGUAAUAAGGUAAAGCUGGCAAAUAGCAACAUUAAUGAAAACACUUUAAAUGCAUAGAAGUUUCUUUUGUUUUCUUCUUCAGUGGCUACUUGGUAACAUCUCCAAGAGUUUUCCGUGCCGGUAGCACUCAAAGGUUGUCUGUUAACCUUUUCUCAGUCUCAACCCCUUGGGAUGUGAAUGCCACAGUUGUAUAUAACAAUGGAAGAGGAAUUAUUGCAAGCGAUGAAGGGAAGUUCACCAGCCUUUCUGAUGGUUUCUUGAAUCUCAAGGUAAUAAUAGUGAUAACAUAUUAUUUUAUUUCAUGAAGUGUUAAGUAGGUAAGCACUACUAAGUAUUGAGAAUAUCUUCUAAAAGAUUCUAUUAAUAUCACAACUGCUACAAUGAUUAUCUGGUGAUUGCUUUGUCAGGGAGAACUGCUGAUUUACAGAUUCAGUCGAACCUCCAUAUGUGACCACCUCUUGUUAGCAAACACCUCCCAUAAGCGACAACCUAUCAUAAACACCAAACUGUUCUCAGUCAAAGCCCUACUAUAUACAGUUAAAUCUCUAGUAAGUGGCCACUAACUCUUUUCAUUGGUGGUUGCAUAUGGAAAGUUCAACUGUACCUGUAAAUCAUUACCUGACCAAAAAACAGAUGUUGCCUAUCAUCUUAUUCUAAUAAGUUAUUUAUUAUUAACAGAUCCCAAAGGAUUUGAAUGCUGGGAGGAAAAAAAGCAUCAAAGCUAAACUGAUGGUGACUGGCAGACCAGUAGGGGGAAAACAAGUCUUUAGAAAGAGUGAAGAAAUCACCAUUGAAAUUCCCAAGAAAGCUCUCUUCAUUCAAACAGAUAAACCCAUAUAUAAACCAGGCCAGACAGGUACAUAUAUAACAAUCUGAUCUUUUCUUUGUUUCAAGGACAAAAUCCUAUACUGUUGAGUGCUUGCUCAUGUUUGAACCUUCUAUCACUCAUAAUCUGAUCACAUGUGUUUUGAACUUCUACCUUGUGUAACUUACACAAAGGACAGCAUUGAAGCAAGAGCAUUUUGACCUUCAACCUCUCCCGCACUUCCUAACCUUUGGUUUGCUAGAAGACCGCAAUGAGCUAUGCAUUUUUAAUAGGAACUAGUUGAUUCAUACGAAGAUCGCUGCGAAAUGUUACGGUGGUCGCUGUUGACUGAUAGAAGGCUAUAUUUUUCUUUGAUUGAAUGCUAUAAACUUGUAUUCGGAUUGAAUAGCCUUUGUUUUUCCGAUUUUUUUGAGUUCGCUUCAAAACGUACCAAGUCCAAUCACAACUACAAACUGCAAGUUAAAUCGGCUAACUGCAAUUGUUAUAAAUCCUUUUUUUUUUGUUAAAAUUAUUCGUGAAUGGAAUGACCUGCCCGCCCAUGUUGUUGAGAUAGGAAAUUUAAGACGUUUUAAAAUAGCUCUUCAAUCGUACAUGCGUAUUUCUUAGGUUUUUAUCCAUCUUAGAUCUUAGAUCUUAUUCAUUAGCAUAUAUUUUUAAUUUCUAUUUUUGGAAGUUUAUUUACAUAGGGUCAACCUCUUAAACUUCCUUUUUAGGGUAUUAUUUGUAUCGUUUAUUUCUUAUGAUACCUUAAGUAAAGUAUGUAUGUAUGUAUGUAUGUAUUUGAAAAGCACAUCUUGGUUAGUAGGUUUAUGUAUGUGCUGAAGUAUGAAGUGUCACAUUUAAUCACGGGUCGUCGUGUACCAGUAAAUGAUGCCAUGCCAUUAUUACCAAGCUAAGUCAAAAUAGUGCAAAACUCACACUGUCCAAUUUCAUGCUUGACGUUAUGUGUAAAAAAUAUACUCUGAAUGUUUUUUUGUUUGUAGUUAACAUGCGCAUUGUUGGUACAGAUGAAAGCUUGAGACCGUUGACAGGAAAGGUAAAAAUCUGCUUCUUGCUUCUCUAAGGGCUAAAUGUAAUGUCGGUGAUAAUUCAGGUGUUCCCUACAAGCUUUCAUGGCUUGGAUUGCUCUGUGCUGUAAAAUUCCUAACUAUAUAUCCAUCAUUCAACCUAUCCAUGUACGCGCUUACCAACUUAAUUCCCACUUAAGUUACAGUCGUCUUUGGAAAUGGCAAAGCACUUUGCAUGCGACUUAGGGAGAUGUCAAUCGGGGACAACUAAAGGAAAGCAGGGACCAACUCUAGGUGUCUGUUUAAUCAGCUUAAGUGGUAGUCAUCACUGCAGCGUAAUUUAGUCAUUGUGCCCUUUACUUAUGAAUAGCCUCUUAAUGAAUUCCCAUAACAUGACAUAUAACCUUUUAACAGUGCUUGUCAAUCCAUAUAAGUACCCAGUCUCUUUUUACCCGCUGAAUACCUGUGUUGAAAAGUCUUCCUUCCAGCACUUUUUAAGCUCCAUCACUGUUUGAAAAUAGUAUACUGACACCUACUGACUUAGUUGAGACCGUCUAAUGUAUAUAUGGCAUCCCAUUGCUGUGAUUAGCUUUGCUAUUCAUAAUUUGAAUGGUUAAAGACUAAAUGGUUAACCCUUGUCAGCCCCAUUAUCCACAUAUGAAUUCUCCAUACUGAUCGGCAUACAUUUCUUUAAAGAAUGAUUACUGGUUGAGAGUUUGAUAACAGAUCAAAGCAUUUUCUCUUUAGUGAUCAUUUUAUUAACGCGCAUAACCAUUUCUCUCGGCAACCUAUGGAGAAUUGUUAGGAGAAAAUUAUUGUUGGUCAAUAUUGGGACUUAAAGGGUUAAAACAUUCAGUUGACAACCCAGGCAAUUUAGAGGCUGAUUCACAACAGAAUUACUUCCAGGUCGCGGCCUUGUUCAAAAGUUGGAUUGUGCUACUUAGUGGAAAAGUAAUAUGAAAACCAAUUGAUUGCAUUAUCCAGUUGAUAGAGAUUUAUCUAGUGGAUAGCAUUAUCCAUCUUUUGAACAACUGGGGCCAGAGUUCUAACAUUUUCUGGAGUCGUUUUCUUGUAAUUCACUGUCAGUAUUAUUUAUAAGAUAACUCUGACCUUUUCUUGUAGAUCUCAAGGGUUACUAUAACUGUAAGUACAUAUACAAAAUUGUGUUUGUUACCACUAUAACAUGUAUCUUAAAUUUUGCAAGAAUUGCUGGCUUCAAAAGGACAAGAAGAAAGUAAGUCUCCAGUAUUAAGGUGAUAUACACAGGAUCCUUGCUGGUAUCCACUAAAAGAGAGAUUGACCAGUUUUGUUCAUUUCACUGAAAAUAUGGAAAGAUGUGUGGCAUUUAGUGGUGUAUGUGUCUGUUUAAAAUAUGGCUUUGGCUUAACGUGGGGCCUGCUUUAAGGGGCCAUGUCAGCAAUAUUUAUUUCUUCUUGGAAAUCAACCAACACCCCCUCUAUAGGGCUUAAUCAUUCUCUUGACGACUUAUGGAGUUUUUUCAGAACGCUAAAAGUGUGUAAAACUUCUAAUAAGUCCAAAUAGGUUGCCCUUUUGACAUGCUCAGACUGUAGUUAUAAUUCCAUAAUUACAAUCUGUAGUUUUGUUACAUCUGGUGUGCCUUAAUAUGAUGCAACCUUUAAGGCAAACACUCCUAAGUUUCUUGCUGAAAAAGAUAUAAUUUUUAACUUAUCAUUAAAGUCUUAAUAGUUAUCUCAACAUUUUUGUUUUACAUUUGAUUUUAGAACCCGAUUCAUGUGAGGAAUAUGCAGUGGGAUAACCUUGAUUUUAAUUUUGGUAAGCAAACCAAUUUUAAGGAUAUAGUAUUCAUACAAAAGUCAUGUACAUGUGCAAGCUUUGUUGUACAAUUACCGGAGACAUAAGAUUGUGAGGCAUGCACAGGGUGGCCAGAGUACUGACACGUGCAAAAUAGAAAAUAGUGAUUGUCAUACUAGAAACCUGAAAUUUUGUGAUACUUGCAGAGAGUAUCCAGAGUUCUGACACAUCACCGUGCCAUCAUUUUUCCCAUUUCACUCCCCAGCAGGUUAGGUUAUUUUUCGUAGAGAAAGGAAACCUAAAAUUUUUGGAAUCGAGAAUGCAAUGCAGAAAGGAAUCAGAAAAACUAUCACUUUCAGAAAGCUUUAAAUUGCUGCUAAAAUUUUUGGGAAAAUAAUACUGCAGCCCUGGCUCGUAACUUCGAAAAGACUCAAGUUACCCUAGGAUGACCAAACAGAUAUAAAUUUCUUAGCGCCACUUAGAAUACUUUUCUAGAGUUCUAAAAGUUAGCUCUGGAUAGCCUAAAAAGUGUUUUCAAAGUAAUUAGGGGGAAACCGUUGUUGGGUGCCCCUGCCCAAUGUGGUGAUGCAUUCUGGGACACCCAAAGUAGAGUAGCAAGGAUGCCAAAGUAGUAACAAAUACACAGGGGGGCCCAGUGAAGCUUGUCUUAUGAUCUUGCCUGGUUCUAAAAAUUGCCAAAUAUCAUUCACAGUUGUGUCUUUUAUUCCUUAUGAAUUGAGGUUCUACCUUAGCCUUGUUUAUGUGCACAUGGUACACAUCGCAUAAUUUUUUUUUUUUUUAAAACUAAAGACACCCUUAUUUUCUUUUAUAAUAUAGGAAUAAUAAGCCUGAAAUUUCCUUUGUCAAGCCAGCCUGUAUUGGGAGACUGGAAAAUUGAAGCCUUAUUCCAGGUAUGUUUAAUUUAUGUGUUUGAAAUCCACGCUUUGAGCGAAGGAAAUUAAUAGCAGUAACUUUAAAAUGUGGUUAAUUGACUCUCGUCAACAACAGGCUGUAGAACACAUCACUGUUAUACAAGCAUUGGUUUUGUUAUUUAAAUUUGUAAUGAGUGAAACAAAAGAAUCUUUUGCUCCAAGAACCAUUGCACUUCUGGUUGGCAUUUUAAUAUCAAUAGGUGAUGUCCACAAGAGUAUUGCUCUAAAUGUAAAAGCUAAGGGCUCACAUAGUGCUACCCUGUGAGCAGAGGCCCUUUGAUCUUCCUAGAUUAAGAUAAGUCGGGAAGAGGAAGACUUAUCUAGGAAGAUUGAAGGGCCUCUGGUCACAGGGUACUUGCAACAUAGUGCAGUCUCACAGUCUUUUUCCUUGUUGUAGUUUGUAUUUUCUACUGAAAGUUUGGGAGUGUUAUAACUCCAUUUAUACAGACUAUGAAUCAUAGUUACCAUGUGCACUGAGUGAAAAGUUCCUCUGUCAGCAGAUCACUCACUCUAGUUAAAUUUAUAGGCAUUUGGAAUCCAUCAAUGAGUUACAAAAUUUUAGCACAAUAAUAUUUAAAACCUACUCAAUUUAAGAUGUUGUUCAUAUUGCAGGGUGAAAAGAAGACAUUAGUUUUCAAGGUUGAUAAAUAUGGUAAGUUCUCAAUCACAGUAUAAUACUACCUUAAGUUUAAUUAUUUUCCUGGACACAACAUGGGGAAGGAAAUGCUGUAAAUCAUGGAAAAUUGAGAAACUUAUUAGGCACGGUAAGACAGAUGUACUGCCGUCAAACCCACACAUGACUAUUUUUCAGAUCCCAACUUUUUGCAGAUAUCAAUGAACUGUUAACAGGACUUGUUGUUGUUGGGAGGGGUGGGGGAUGGGGGGUUUUGCUUGGGCCAUUGCUUGCAUGUUUUUAGAGUUUAUGGAUAAGUUACAAGAUGACUUGCAUGGACCCUUGCCUGCUGGGCAAGGGUGCUUUAAAACUCAUUAAGGUCCUUGCUUAGCAAGAAAGGCUAUGAAAUGCCUUGGAUACUGCCUAACAGGUGCCUACAAUUUGUCCGCGGGUGACCAAAAUUUCAGACAAGGAGCCUGCACAGGCACCUAAAAACUUUUAAUUGUUAUGUCAACUUCCUGGUCAACUAACAACAAAACUCCCUGCUCAUUCUGCAUUUCGAAACGGAAAUGUAAAACUUGUGGUCAUCGGCCAUAGGCUGUUGCAGGGCAUAAUUAUGCUCUUGCCUUUCUUUGGCUAGGGGAACAAACUUUCACUGUGUAUAAGCCAGAUACUUUUCAUAGACCUGGCUUUGGUCACUAUGGUAAUAAUGCUGGUAAUCCCAAGCAGGUUGUAGCCCUAUUUGCUGUUGGUGUUUCACUGUGUAAUGAUGAACAUGUAUGUUUUUGUUAUGCAGUUUUGCCCAAGUUUGAGGUCACCAUAACACCCCCAUCCUUUGUGGCAUAUACAGAUAGAAGUAACAUUACAGCAACUGUUUGUGCGCGGUAGGUUUAUUUUAAUCCUCAUAGAAAUAAGUAUGUCAAAAGUAUACUUUUUGCAUAGUGCAAGCAUACUAAUUCUGUAGUAACCUACAUGGCAGUACAUUUACAGUAUACUGUAAACCUACUGCACACUAACCAGACUUACCAUGAUCUAUACUUGAAAUGUUCUUCCACAAAUUGACCCCAAAAAAGUACAAUUCCAGUAUACUACUAUUAUGCUACAGUCAACUGCGUACUUAAAUUGCGUUACGUAAGCACAAGAAUAAGUCUAUACUGCAAAUGUACUGAAAUUCCAUUAUACUGCUUUUGUACUGCAUGAUUAUUACAACACAAGAAUAAUAAUAUUAUAUACAAGGAAGAGUUUCACCUAUAGUGCCAUUCUCAUAUAAUAUGGAAAUGUCUUUAUUACAACCUUUGGAAGAUCCUAUGUUGUUGAUUAAGUAACAAGAAUAUCAUACAAAUACAACAGCUGUCAACAACAAUGGAGCUAUGUGGUUUGAAAGAAUAAAAAAGAUUACUGAAGGGCACUAUAAUCUUUGCCUUUAUUUUAUUUCUUCUAAGAGAUGGAUAAUGUGGUACAAUCUUUGACAAUAAAGGCUUCUGAUACUGCAUCAUUAGUGGACUAUUAAGUUCUGACAAUUAUUAUUUUGCUUUCAUUAUCUUUAUGGUAUGCAACGGGGGCCACUGGGCCACUUUCGUGCAAAUCUCACUUGAAUUCCCAUGAAGCUAACGAUAACAGUUUCAAUGAAAAAUUAAAUUGGUGCUAUGCACUUUUGGAUGGGUGCAUUUAGAACUUAACUGCUCAUUUGCAUUUUUAGGAUAAUCAUUCCAUUAUAAUAAAUUGCAUGUACAACAGUCAAAGAAAAGAUUUGUCCAAAGCAGAUCAAAAUAUAUUUAAGUGGAUUCAGUAAUUGUACAGUUGCAUCACAACAUUAAUUUUAAUGGUUGCAUGUAUGUGCAUAUGUUUUUAGUAUCCAAGUUGAAAAUAAAGGAUCGCAAACAUCAGGCUUCGAACAUGGUACUUUAGUGUUCUGUCGUAGUUUUUCCUAAAUGAUGCACUUGGGAACGGCGCAGAAUUAUAAUUACAAUACAAGUCAUGUACACUUAAUUAAUUACUGUAAGAACAUCAUCAUACAAAUAGGAAUUAAUGAGCCAGUAAUUAAAGAUCUUCACAGAGGAUAUUACAGGUAAAAGAUCUUUAAAAAAGUAAAUCAACAAAUUAAUAAAUAAUUACUUAUUCCUUUGAUUAAAAGGUUAAUUUAACCAACGUAGUCCGCGGUCCUCAUUUUAUACCUAGUCCGUGUUUUUUACCCAGUCCUCAGUCCGUGGUCCGCAGAAGAUAAGAAGACCUGUAAAAAAUACAGAUUGGAAAACUUUGACCGGCCGCCUGUCAUUAAAGACACUGUACUUUAAAACAGUGCAAUCACGACGAGCUAUUAAACUUGGAUCCAUUCGUGCAUGCAUUGAAGCUUAAAUCAAAAGGAGCAAGAAAAAUUGUGACGUGUAAUUAAAAUGGCCAAAAAUACAGCCGUAUGUAUGUAAAAUAUCGAUAUUCGAUCUUCACUUGCGAACUCAAGGCGAUGACGAAGCUCAAGCAGUUUCCUUUUACUCCGACCUCAGUUCAGAACUCAUGCUUGUCCCUCACAUAUUGUUCAUUAACUUAACCGGUUAAAAAAAAAAAAUCAGCAUAUGUACAUGAGCCUGUGCGCAGACGAAAUUAAACUCUGGUUAACUCCGUACAUCGAUGUAUGAAGAUUUCAUUUUAAUAAUCAGAGACUACGUACUGGCUGAAAAGGUAAGUGUUGUCCUUUACGUACCUUUCGAUAAAUGGGUUCUCUUUAUGCUUUUUCACUCUUUUGUAGAAAGAUGUCAAUGCUUGUGUGGUUUUACAGUUUCUUGUCCCGAUCUGCUUCUUCUUCUUCUUUUUUUUUUUUAAUAAACAGUCCGUGCAUUCAUUUGAAGUUGAGCUAUUAAGAUGAAUUGUUUGAAACAACAACAAAGCAGCAAAGUUCUUGUAAUGAACACUUUCAGUCUAGGUCCAUAAUACAGGAUUGAAAGAAAAUUCCUUUUUUGUAUUUACUGUCCUACAGUGUUUUCAUAGCUCGAUCUCGGAGCGAGUAUCAAAGGCAUAAUAUUGAAUAAUCACAAAAUUUGGACUAAAUUAAUCUUGGUUUAAAAUUUAAGCAGAAUUAAUUUUCGAGGAACUGAGUGCAGAAUUUUAACACUUUUGGCACAGCUAUAUAGGCUGUUGAGACUCUGUUGAUGGAGUGCUUGUGACCCAACAAAUCUACGUUUUUCCAUCUCACGUAAUGGAAUCCAAGAGCGUCUUGGAUUCUGGAUUCCAUGUGGUAGAUUCCGGAUUCCGGUACUGGAUUCCAGCCUUUGUCAGUGGAAACUUGGAUUCUGGAUUCCGGAUUCCAAUCGUUAUUGGGAUUCCGGAUUCCUUGAGCUGUAUUUUCGGGAUUCUAAGGCCAAGGAUUCCGGAUUCCACAAGCAAAAUGUUCCCGGAUUCUGGAUUCAACAAGCAAAAAGACUCCCUUACAUGGGGCGAAUUUUUAAUAAUCCAGUGAUUUAAUAAAGUAAUUCAUUGUUUUGGAUGCACGCCCUUAUAAUGAUAUUGAAACUUAAUCCUUGAACACCUUUCCAUCUAACAGUAACAGUACAGUAUUUGUUACAGUCGAGGACUUUUCUUUUCCUCUUUAGACUGUAACAAGCACCUCUGAUGUGUUCUUUAUUUCAGAUUUUGAUUUCAAAUUUUUGCAAAACUACAAUUAGCUACUUUUUUGCUGUCACCUACCUGACUAGGAAAACUACUUAACUAAUGAAGUUAAAUACUUUUUUACGAACAGUUAUAAAGACUUCUGUAAAAAUGCCUGUGCCUUGAUGGCCAAGCUGAAUCAAGGACUCAGUAUAUAGUAUUCAAGUAAUGCCAGUUCAUCUGACAAAACGUUUGUGGAUAUUUGAAGUCGCUGACUACUGAUGUGAGUAUCUCUAAAUCUUUUAAGUUAAGAAGACCAUCAUUAAUCAGGAUGCAAUUUAUUUUGUCUAGUUUCAUAUGAGAGCUGAAGGUGUUUGUUUCAUUUAAUCAUGCCUUUCAACUGAAAAUUCCCUUAGUGAUUAUUUUUAAAAUUGCAUAUGUGGCUAUAAAGUCUUGAACAAAAUAUGUUCUGUACUUUCUUACCCACAGGACGCUAUAUAUAGUGCUAUUAAUGCUAAAAGUUUAAGUAAUUAAGGUUUGCACUACUUGUUAACCUGCAAACAGGAUUUUUGUAUAGUCUCCACAACAGCUAUUUUGUGAUUUUUUUAUAUCUUUUUUAGAUAAGUCUCACCUAUAUUUUUUGUCAGUUAACUACUAAUUAUUGUAAAUCUACAGUUUUGAUCUAGAUCAUCAAAUAUUUUUAAAUAAAUGUUUCAAUGUCUUGUUGACCGUUGUUAGACUUUCACUAUAGUAAGUAUACACAAAGUAUGCUUUUAGUAUAAUAGGUAUGUACUCAAAGUAUACUUUGAGUACAGUCUGAUAGAUGCAAGCAAAGCAAUGUGCUGAAAGUAUACUUAAAGUAUACUUUUCCCUAGUACAUUCCUGAGUCCAAAACUCAUGCUACGUUUUGUAUACUUUUAGUACAAAAAAGUAUUAUCUGUGAAGAUGUUAUAAUGUACUUUAAAUAUACUAUAACUAUACUUAAAGUAUACUUAGAGUAUACUUUUUUCACCCAACAGCAGUAUACUUUUAGUACAUUAUGUUGUGUACUAAAAGUAUAUUUAUUUUCCAUGAGGUUAGCAAGGUUGUUAUACACAUGUAAUGUAAAAUACAGUAAUUUUUUUUCCUUCUACAGAAAAAUUUCAUAUCUAGUGUACCUUAAAUUCUAUGCACAAGUAAUAAGCUAUGAGAGCUCACAUCUCAAACUUUAAUAGGAUACACUAUACACUUAGCGGUUAAGUCCUCGGAGUGAAUCACAUUCAAGCAAGAAAAUAAAUUGCCACUAAACAGCAGCAAAAUAAGACGGAAAUUGCUUUAUUCUUAUUAUUAAAUAACAGACUGAGAUUUAUUCUUUUUCCAAGGUUGAAGUACAAUUUUUUUUUUUUGGAUUCCUAUUAAUAAUAAAUUGUUAUAAUUAUUCUUGAUAAAUAAAAUGAAUAUUUUUUGAAAAUUUUUAUGACUCUUACACACUGGUGCGUGGUGCACAGUGCCAUUUUUUUUUUUAAUUAGAGAACAAAAUUUAGCGAUUUCAAUAAUAAAUCAUGAAUGUUAAAAAUGUACCUCUCUGGACAUCGCAUCAAACUUAUGUGCUAUUGCCAAAGUACCUGCCAUCUCAUACCUGCUCUCAUUCCUUGUUUUUUUUAUGUAAUAUAACCAUGAAUGAUACCCCAAGCUCAAUUUUUUUCAAAGUUGCCUUUUGGCAACCUAAAGCACUAUUACAAAAUGGUCACCGGGUGUAUUAAAAAUUUAAUAAUAUUGUCCACCAGAGCAAUUAUUUAAUAAUAAAGUCGAACCUCUCUACAAUGGCCACCUUUGGGGACAGAAGAAUGUGGCUGUGAUGGAGAGGUGACCGUUAUGGGAAGGUAGGGGUGUAAUAUGACAAAAAUUUUUUUGAGGAGUACAACAUGUAUAUUGUGCUAAGUUCAUGCUCACUGUAUAUCAUAAUGUCAAUCCAAUUACAAAUAAUAUACAGAGAGAUGAAAUACACAACUUGAAUAAUGUUUCGAAUGAAAAUGUUAAUGUGACAAAAUGAACAAGUCUCGUAGUCAAUUUAUGCUUACUGUAGUAGUAUAAAUUAAUGGAACGCAAUCAAAAUACGAUUCUAUGAUUAGUCAUCAACGUGCCUUAUGGAUCAAUUUUUGUGACCAUUCCUGACUUUUUCAUCAGUCACUAACAAACUUGCCCAUUGUUGAGAGGUUAUUUUGCCAGUUGAUGACACACUUUAUUAGUGGCCAUUUUAAUUGCCAUUGUAGAGCGGUUCAAGAAAGAGUCAAUGUAUGGACUGUUCGCCGGGACAAAAAAGUUGUCAUUUUACAGAGGUUUCCGUUAGUAUGACUGUACGGUACUACAUAAUUAAGGUUCAAACAAUCAAAUGGCUGCCAAACUGUCACAAUCAAAUUUUUGGUAAUGCACACAACAUUCCAAGGCUUUGAGUUAAUACCCGGACACCAUGCAGGGUGAAAGACGCAAAUCAUAAAAUGGAACGUAGAUAAUAUUUCACGGGGAAUGAAAACAUUUAAUGGUGACUAUAGCUGGGUCUUAGUUGGCUGCCUGUAAUAGAAUGGUAUCUUACAGUUCAAAUACACCUUUGGCGAUGCCCAGAUUGUAUUUCCUCAGGGGCCUAUUUCCAAUUAUUUGACAAGCACCCCGCAGCUUUCACAUGGCAGAAAGAUUAAGAGUCACAUUUACGCCAAACGGCAAAUGUCAGAUUCAAGUUGAGAAUUUCUCAGAAUAGAAACUAUGCAGAUAAAAACAGCUCACAACAAUUCUAAUGGAUAAAAUUGGCGUGAAUCUACUUAUUAUUUUUGAGUAGAAGUAAUAAACAUUUAACAACAAUUAACUUGGUACAAAUUCACUGUGGCAUAAACGAGAUUCUCAAUCUCUCUAUUAACUCCCGACCCCCAACGCAAAUUCGCUGUAUGUGAACCAAAAAACCAACUGGUAACUAGCUGCUUUAUACCACAGAUACACCUAUGGACAGCCUGUGAAAGGGAAGGUCAAAGUACUGUUUAGGCUCAAGUUAUCAUAUAGGUACAGAUACAGGGAAGCACAAACCACAAAGGAAAAGGAAGUGAGUGUCAUACCAUUUAGUGUGUAGAAAUAUUAAGGUUUCUAAUACUUUUCACAAGUAUUAGUGUGGACGGUCGAAAACGCAUCAAAGUGAAAACGAUGACCAAAAAUUCGCAGGUGCAUGUGUUGGUAGCAUGGGCAAAGAGUUUAACUUACAUAAUAACGUGCAAUUCUAUUGUUUUCAAAUGUUUUAGUGUGCAUGGAUAUUGGAAAACGUGUCAAAAGGGUAGUGUUGACAUGAAGCGAUCAAUGAGUUUUCAAUGACAACAUACCUUUGAAAAGGCAUUAGUGUGGUCAGGGGCCCCCUUUAGACCAGGGACAUGUGUACCCACUUCAAGAGGGCCCAGAAAACACGCGAGUCAUGAGAUGAGAGGUAAAGAAGAAACUCUUAGUAAACUUAAGGAGACUCAACAGGAUGCCUAAGUUUGCGCAUUUUCUGAUCUAUUCAACUGUGGUCAUAUUUCUUGGCUUUACUUGGUAGCUACAACCCCGGACAAAACUGUUGAGACAAUUCCAUCUAUUUUCUAACUUUUGCGCCCUACUCCCGUCUCCCCUAAACACAAAAAGUAAACCCCCUCCCCACCCCCUAUUCAAAGUUGCCUUGGUCUAAAAACCAACGUGUAUAAUUGCCAUGCUAUCCUAAACAACUUUGGAUAAGGGGAGGGGGGAAAUCGGGCAUUCAUUUGGCGGCGGUUUCAGUUUUUGCCGGGAUGACAGGAAAAAAUAGGCAUUUUCGCGAUUUGUCUCAACAGGUUUUGUCCGGGGUUGUCUGCGGACUGUUUUCGGUAUUCUUUAACUUUCAUAGCAAUUACCUCAAGUUAUAGUCCUCUCUUUUGGUCAAAUUGAUAAAAGCCAUUGUUUCAGCAUACUUUUUUUUUCUUUUGAAUGCGAAAUAAAAUUUUUACAGUAAAAAUUGAAGUUAUAACACUCUGAUUACAUGAUCUGUCAAAUGACAUUUACUCUGUGACGUUACCAUGGGCAUGACUUUCAACGGCUUACGUGUCCGUAGACGCUUUGCCUGCUCAAAUGGUGACAUUGAUAUGUAAUCGCCAGACAAAAUGGAUCUCUCGAGAACUUCCGAUAGUGACGAAUCAUUUUCAGGAGGCUCGGAAAUAUCGCAUGAUUCACUAGGUGAGAGGAAGGUUAGUGCGCUUAUCUGGUCACUUACAGUCACGCGAAUUUGGCUCAUUUUUCCAUCCCGCGAGUAAUUAGCCUUAGCAGUGAUUACGUCGUUCGCCAAGUGUAGUGCAAAGAUCCUACACUUAAUAGGACAACAUUGCCUCAGUUACAGCAAAUGUGGAAUUGUGUACGAACGGGAAUGUGGUAUGAUGGAUCUCUCAUUUCUCCACGCAGAUCCCGCGGGAACAAUAACGGGAAAUCCCUUGAUGUGUAAGGUGCUUCGAUGAGCUUGCUAUGCAACAAAAACGGAGUAGUUUUUCUCGCAGACGGUUAACUUAACGAAUAAAGUACCGCAGAGGAAAGAAACAUCGGUUAACGACGGUUAACAACGGUUAACAACUUUUCUGAAGAAAAACAACAGUUAGACUAUCAGUUUCCUUUAAUAUAUUCUGUUAACCGCUGUUAACCGUUGUCAACCGUUGGAAUAAACAUGUGCGUGCCUGUUAAUCGUUUAUUUCAAGCGUUUACGGUGCUUUCAAGCAUUUUCCGUAGUAUAUAGAACCUUUUUGUUGAUUUUCAAGCAUUAAAAAGACCUUUUUACUCAAGGGAAAACUUUUUGACACUGGUGUAAUUGUCAUGAAAUGCGCUGUUUUUUGCCACAAAAGAACUGCCAUCGCGUGACAACAUGUUUUCGCUGUAUUUGUGAUCAAAGAGGCAUUGCUUUCCCUACACAUCCUAUUUCUACCCAUUUUGGAAGUUCUUCAUUAAUAUUUGUUCUUUUGGCCUUGGUUGUCAUAGAAGAAUUAACGGUUUUAUCGGCAUGGAUUCCAUUAUUUUGUCAAGUAGAUAAUCUGGUAUAUAUGUUGUAAAUUGUUCUAAUUACACACUCAGUAAACGCGGGUAUUGUUAACUCGGUGAAGCUUACUUUUCCAGUUCUACUCUAACUACAUGGAGAAAGUUGUCACUGCAACUAAGUAUCACUACCUCUAAGGGUUAUUUUUAACUGCUCCGCUGCAUUCUUGAGUCCUCGUGCAUGACCUGCACACCACGCACUAUUAUUUUUGAACAGGACAGUUGUGCUGCGCAAAUAUAAUAAAUACCCAGUCUUAUCUAAUUUAUUCGACAUGUAAGCACAAUUAACGUUGGUAAAAAGGCCGGAGGUAAGGCUCCUAUUAAGAUAUCAUACUUGUGACACACAGUAACUCCUUAACCGUGGCCACCAACCACAAUUAAUUUCAAUACUUUUUCUGUAAAGAGCAUGAUUUCUUUCUCAUUUAGGUAUAAGGUUUCUAAUUUAUGGCUAAAUUUCUAAGUACAUAAUUAAUGCGUCCUAAUUGUUUUUAUGACACCUUCUUUCGUAGUCACAAAGCUUUAGACAAGUACAACAUCUGUGCAAAAAAUCAAUACCCUCCGACCUUACAUCGCGAAGUUACAGCGAUUUGAACAACUGGCCUUCACAGACAACCCCGGACAAAACUGUUGAGACAAUUCCAUCUAUUUUCUAACUUUUGCGCCCUACUCCCAUCUCCCCUAAACACAAAAAGUAAACCCCCUCCCCACCCCCUAUUCAAAGUUGCCUUGGUCUAAAAACCAACGUGUAUAAUUGCCAUGCUAUCCUAAACAACUUUGGAUAAGGGGAGGGGGGAAAUCGGGCAUUCAUUUGGCGGCGGUUUCAGUUUUUGCCAGGAUGACAGGAAAAAAUAGGCAUUUUCGCGAUUUGUCUCAACAGGUUUUGUCCGGGGUCGUAGGUUGGAUUUUGCGAUCGGGCUAGUGACUUCUGUUCUUAACUUGCCCUGCGGACCGAAAGUCGCUCCGACGAAGUGAAAUCUGCAUAAACAAGACGAUGUAUCGCAUUACAUGUCAGACGAGACAGAUUGAGAUAGACUACGAGUAGUCCCCCAUUUUUCCUCAAGGAUAGUAGAGCGAGCGAAACGCGAGCGCGCGUGAAAAUCACCCCACGCGAGGAAAGGCGAAAUGCGGCGGGGAGAGAGCAAAAUUUUUCUCUCUCCCCGCCGCGUGUCGCCUUUUCUCGCGUGGGGUUAUUUUCACGCGCGCUCGCGUUUCGCUCGCUCUACUAUUCUUGAGCAAAAAUGGGGGACUGCUCGUAGUCUAGAUUGAGAUCCUGCGCAUAAAGGAAAAGCAGAUAUUGAAAAAACUUUGGAGGUAAAUGUUGCCCGUGACUAAUUCUUACUGAUUCAGAGAAAGCCGUUUGUCUAAAUUUUGCUUCAUAAUCAUUUGUGAGGAACCUAAAGGUUUUGAUCCUGAACUCCUGUGAAGAAUUUAUUAUGGUUUUAGCAAAUAUUGGUCACGUGCGUUUCAGUAUGGUAAAUUCUAAAGCACUGAUACUGUAGGUGUUUGUUGAUUAAAAUAUAUAGACCACCCCGUAUUGUUUUCACUUUUCACGAAAAUCUUUCAGAUGAAAAAAUAAAACGAACGUUUUUGUUCUUUUGAAACCUAAAUCCUUUGGUUACUUGUAACAAGAUGAACCCCAAAUUUGCAGAAUUUUUGUUUACAUGAUAUUUGCUCACUGAUGCGUGAGUUGACACUCGCACUUUCCACUUUCCCGUGAACUUGAAACUUGACUUGGAAAACCGACUCCCAAACAAACGUUCUUCAGAAAAAUGAUCUUCAGAAUGCACCACUUUUGAAUGAGAAGCAAACUGUUGAAAGCUGUCAAACUUUUAUGCCCUUUAAUAAUAUAAACAUCUCCCCUGUCAGCGGCUAAGAAAUACUCCAGCGGAAAAUUGCGCGACAAAUUGCAGAAUGAAGCGCUUUCACUGGCACCUUUUCGCGUUGUCUACGUUGUCGUUUAGUGUGUCAUUUGAGAACUUUGGUUUCACGGUUUUUUUUCUUAAAAAAUGUUUUUCUAAGUUGUAAAAUGUCUAAAAUGGAUGUUAAUCAUUCACGUGUUGUGGUGGACUUAGAAAACAUUCUACAGUGUGGCAAUGCCGAGAGCAAAACAGCAAAAAAUCAACCUAGUUGAAGACAUUGGGAGUGAAUAUUGUGUUGAACUCAAAGCAUUACAGAAGAUUGAGUAUUUGAACAUUUUCACAAGAGGUUAACCAGUAAUACGUAUUUUUUAGCAUUGUGUUCAAAGACAAACGUUUGUCUGUUAUUUGGACCUUCAUUCCAUUAGCUUCACUUAAAUUCCUUAUUUCAUCACUGUGAGUUGACUUUCAAGACAAAGGCAUUUAUAAUCAAAAGGUGAACACUGAAUCAUUGUACUAGUGUGUCAAGAGUAUCUUACCAGGUCUACUUAUAGCUCACACUUUUACGGUUAUUUAUUGCUGUUGUUAAAUAACUACAGCUGAUUGUAAUGAAUAAAUGAAGCCAGUAAUUUAUUAACUUACAGUGUAUUUAAGAAAGGAAUAAUUAAUCAAUAUUUUUUCAUUCUGCUCGCGAAGAACUUUUUUUGGGCUUGUAAAAGUGACUUUCGGGCUAGUAGAUGUUAGUUACAGCUUGCCCGAAAAUUGACUUUGUUUGCACCCUGUUUAGGAAAUUUGCAACUUUGGGAUAUGCUUACAAAUAACAAAAAUCCUCACUUGUGGGGUCGCAUUGCAGACUUUUGACUUCCCCUAACCCUUUGGCUUUGCUUGUGUCUAGCCAUCUUAUUCCUUUGCCUUUAUCUUGUCGAAUCCAGCUCAUGCAGCAUAGGGGAGACUAGAGACUUGCCCAACUACCACUGGUAGUUGGGUAAUAAGUGAUGAUUUGUGUUAUUUGUGAGCAUAACCCAAGGUUGCAGAUUACCAGCCUGCAAAAACAUCCGUUUCUUCUCGCUCUUCACUGCAGGGGAUGUUUCGUGAGGAGGAACGUCUGAAAUCCAGCGGUAGAAAUUCAAUACUGAUGACGCAAAUCAAUGUUCUUCCGCGCAAAACGUCCCCAUGGCCAGUGGCGAAGAGCGAGGAGAAAUGGAUGUUUUCUCGGGCUAGCAAAUUACCUGCCACAGGGCUGUGUCCCCCCUUAUUAUGUUUGUUUGUUUUGAUUGUGUUCCUUAUUUUUCGGGGUGACUUUUCAUGGGGAUCUUAAAAGUGAAAUAGGGACAAAUCUCAUGUUGCUUUGGCACCACUUUUCUUCUUACUGAGGAAGUUGGAAGAGCUCUACAAAUUCGUUAGAGUUGGAUUUGUGUUUUUCUUAAGCUUAAAUGUUGGUUUCACAGUUUUUUUCAUUGUUUUACAGUUAGGCAAUAAAUGGGCCAGCUGGAACAUGCCCCUUGUUUAGGAUUGUUUAAGACAGAACCCAUCAGGAAAGCGAGUAAUUUUAACUUGGUGGUUGUACCAGAAUAAUUUAAACCAUAUCAAAUUCUUUUUCACAUUUUUCAAGGGCUAUAGAAUAAUGUAAUUAAUUAUCUGUAAUAUAACACGGAAGGCAAUUUCUUAUGGGAGCUUGAGAAAAUGAAUUUCAAAUUUCAUAGAAAUUGUGUAAACACAGGUAAAAUUUCAUGCGUAAGAUCUCAUUUUGGUCCACUUUGUGAAAUUUGAAAUUUAUUUUUCAGGCUCCCAUAAGAAAUUUUCUUUGCUGUUAUUACAUAUAACUGAUUUCGUCUUUGCUGUAAAGUAUUCUGGUACAAGGUUUUUGUCCACUGAAAAUUAAAAUUACUGAAUUUUCUGAUGGCUUCUAGCCUCCCCGCAGACGUCCUUUGGGGUUCGUUCGUCUCGCAUUCUUUUCUGGGGAGAAAUGAAUGCACGACGAACGAAUCCCAAAGGACGUCUGCGGGGAGGCUAGAUGGCUUCCGUCUUAAUAUGUAUUAAUUUCUUUGUUUUAGAUUAAUGGCUGCACUGAAGUCUCAGUCAGUCCAGGCGGACUAUUUGGCAUUGGAAAAGGAUAUGGCUACACUUACUAUUUGUCUAAUGCUAAAGUUGUCAUAAAUGCUACUGUGACAGAGACAGCAACUGGAGUAACCCUAAAUGCUACAGAAACAGAAACACAGGUUGUCAGAGAAACUACAAAAGUGGAAUUCCUUUCUACUACCCCCAGGAGUUUCAAACCAGGCAUGGUAUUUACUGGGCAGGUAAAAAAUGUUCACUUUUUGUGAGGUAUCUGAAAAAGAGCUGCAAGGCCUCUACACUACAAUGCCUCCUUUCUUAAGCAGGGUUGGGACAGUCUUGAAAAGUCCUUGAAUUUCAUUUUUUCCUAGAAAAGUCCGUGAGUUUUCUUCAACUUUGAAUUUAUUGGCCUGGAAAGUGUUUUUUUCACGCUUUUGGGUUGUCCAAGGCAGAACAUGAAUCAUAGCUCAGAGAAUUUAAAGGUUAUUUACACAAAGUGGUCAAUGCUUUAAGCAAUAAUUAACUGUCAAUUCAAGACAAAUGAACUGAAAAAUGUAGAGAAGUUGGUGAAUCAAACAGUUCAAGCCUUAAAGCCGUAUUAGAAUAGACUGGGAAUGUGCAUUUUUGUACAGUCUGUGAACCUUGAAAAAUCCUUGAAAAAUGGCUGCAUUUUUUUAUGAACCCUGCAGUGGUUGCUGCUCGUGCAUCAAGUUUGCUAGCAUAGGCCCGCCCAAAUUUUUCAUGUUCUUUCAUGUUCUCUUGAAAAUUGAAUUACACAUGCAUAAUGUUUCGUCAUGCAUAGAAAGUUGUGUCUGAUAGCCUGGUCCUUGUGGAUUUUGCCAUGGGGCUAGUGAAUUCUGUUCUUAACUUGUUUGACUGACAAGUAACGUUCUUUGGGGAAUUCAAGUUACCCAAGUACUUCGAGGCAAAUUUAAAAUUCCUAAUAAAUUCAUGUUGACCGGAAGCCUAUUUUCAAGUUCAUCUGACAGAGUGUACUCUGUAAAAGCUAGUAUCAAAACAAGUACAACACUACAUUUCAUGUCAGACUAGACAUUGUGUGAUCCGCGCAACCUUCGGGUAAAAACAAUUGAAAAUGCCUUAGAAGUAAGGUUCCCAAACCUUUUGUCGAAUCAUAGCUGCAGUUGGACUCCCAUUAAGCGGCCAGCAAUCGAAGUCCCGUAAUAAUUGUAGAAAACGGAUGGGACAUUAAACCUCUAGCGCCCACCUCUAUUAACAUGUAUUAAGUGACCGCGGCCACCUUUUUGCCGUCCCUGGCAACAAGAGUCUUCCCAUUGUUGUCACCUCUAUUAAGCGACCAUCAAGCACUUUACAGACUAAGUUUUCCUUUAAUUUAUGAUGAAACAAGACAGCCCGAGAGAGAAGGUGACGACCGAUUGUGUACCAGUAAUGCUGCCCCCGUCGCGUGUUUGUUUUAAAAUAAUGCAAUGUUUCUGCUAGAGAUUAUGCUAAUUUAUGACCCUUUUUAUUGAUCGCAAACCGCUCUAAUGAGCGGCCAACCUCCAUCAAGUGGCCACUUGCCGGCACCCCGAGGGUCCCUUCUUAAUGGAGGUUCAACUGUAUUUACAACGAAUUUUAUGGUAUAAUUAAGUAGUAGAUGUUAUUAAUUAAUUAGUUAUUAAUCGUGCUCGUCAAAAAUUUCUUUGGGCUACUCUAACUGACUUUCGGGCUAGCACAUGCUAACUACAGCUUGCCCUUCACUGAUUUUCUUGGCAUCAUGAUGUUUACCUCAUGUAGUUGAAAGCCACUCUGAUUGAUGGAAGUCCACUCAAAGGGAAGUCAAUUGAACUCAUUGUUAAAAUUCCUAUUGAGAGACCAUGUUGGGUCUCGAGCUAUUCAGAACAAGAAGUGUUCCGAAAGAAAUAUGCUGUUCCAGAAAAUGGAGUCAUCAGUUUUGUGGUUCCUGGUAAUCAAAUUUCACAGAAGGCAAGAUCCCUGACGCUGGAGGUAUGCUUUUCAAUUUUAGCUAUUUGUUAUUAUUAAUUAAAAAGAAAUAAAGUCGAACACCAAUGCAAUGAUCAGCAUUGAGAUAACAUUAACUUUUGUUGUUCUUUUGUAAGAGAUGUAGGGUUUGCAUAAUAAAUUAUUAUCCCCUUUAAGUCCCUAAAGUGACUAACAUCAAUUUUAUCCUUGCAACGUCAGUACGUGAUCAAAAGAUUAGAUGGUAAAGAAAAAAUUGAAAAAAUGUUAUUUUGAUGUGCUUAUUCCUCGUUAUCAAUUUUUAUUGGUAGGCAAAUUACAAUGGUAAACGUACAAGUAGCUAUAAAGUAGGGCAGCGUUGGCUUUCUCCAAGUGACAGUUAUAUUGAAAUGGAAAAGAUCACCGCUCCAUUGAAAGUGAGUAAACUUUUGCAAUAAAUCGUGAACUUACUUGUUGUUAUUUUGUGCUGGACCUGUGCUACUUACCAUUAACAUUGCUAAAACCGUUAAUUCCGUUUGGAAAAUCAAAUGGUUCGCGUCUUUCCUUUUGAGUAGGUUCAGAAAAUUUGGUCUGUGAUCCCGGGGGUACUGUUCAAAGUCUAUGGGGGAGGGGGAGUCCCUUUUGUAUGCCGUUUUUGACAGGAAAGGUACCCUUUUCGUAUACCAUCUCCUGACAAAAUAUGGUAGCCCUUUCACAUAACUUACUGAGAACUUUGCAUCCUUAACUGCUGAAAAUACAGUCUUAAAAUUGUAAAUAAUUCUCUAAAAUGGGAGAUUUUUGCGACUUUUUCAAAGCAACAAAAUCCUUCUGUUUGCCUUUUUAGGUCACUUUUACAGACCGAAACGACAGAUUUCCCUACCCUUUUUUAUACUUCAACAAGUUAAAUCCCAACCCUUUCAUAUACCUGAAGCCUGAAAAAGGUACCCCUUUCGGGCAGAGCCUCCCCGUCUAGGUGGUGCAAUUGUCUACUAUCUUUAGUAGAUUGGUAUUUACAUUGUAGUGGGUCGAUCUCCCACCACGUCAAAUUUUACAGGGUUUUUUGUUUAUGCACAAGAUCUCCAGCCGGGUGGUUUGUGUAAUUAAUGGUAACCCCUGCAUUCUAUGCAUACUACUAGGGACUUCACGAUCCGACGACGCGAUGGCAACGACAACGUCAAAACAAACAAACAAACAAACAAACAAACAAUAGGUCAAGAAGGCAUAACAACAACUUUGCAAGUGCAUCACACUUUUUUGUACAUUUCUUUGCCUUUUUUACACGACUACGAUGUGAAAUUUCCUAACUGGACGUUUCAUGGAGGACGUAAACAAGCGACGACGAAAUUUUAUUUUUCUCUCUCUUAACAUGGAUAGGGAUCCUAGGAAUUCAGCUCCAGGAGGGUUCGCCUACUUUUGAUAAAGUAAAUGGGUAGGAAUAAUCACGAUAAAGACUGGAAGAUCGUAAAGUCACUUUUUAAGCGGCGUUUUCGCCGCUAUCGCGUCUUCGGAUCGUAAAGUCCUUACUACGAGUCAUAGGACACCGCAUAUAAUUCCUUUGUUUUGGAGCGGACUCCUUUCUUUCACUCCAGCUCUUAACUCUUUAAGCCCUAAAAGUGAUCAGCAUCAAAUUUCUCCCUGUAAUAUCAAUGCUUUGUAAAACAGAGUGGUCAUGAGAAUUACGGACAUGAUCACACAAGAUGAAUUUACUUAAUAUUUUAUCAACUUCUCCCCACUACUUCUGUAGGAAAUGAAUUGGGGCAACAAAUGGGAAUUCAAAUUUUGAUCUUAGGGUUUAAAGGGUUAAGGGGACUAGGCCCCUCGGUGUACUUUCAGUGGUCAGUUUGCUCGUUUUAAUCACACGUUCACAAAAAUUGAGUCAAACUCAAAGAAGAGUAGACCACUGUUUGUCGAGUUGAACGAUUCUUUGUGUCAGCUUGCGGAAACUGAGUUUUGCGUGCAGGAAAGAGAAUUAUUAUUUUUUUGCUAGGAGUUAAUUUUUGCGAUUUUCGGAAAAUCGCGUUCUAGUGGAUUCAAAUAACAUUUUAACGAUUUAAAUUCAAUAGGCACUAUUUUUAUUAGUUUUGUGUAGCGAAGUUUUUGUACAGCAUACCGGUAUCUACAGUGGAGUAAAUUUUUCAGUUGCGGAAAACUUUUUUAGGCGGAUCGCCUAAAAAAACGCAAAAAUUUAGCACCACUCGGUAUUCUGUAUUUCUUUUGUACUCUAUAGUUUGAAGUAUUUAUCUGGAUAUUUCAGUCAAUACUCUGAUUGUGUGGUUAUCGUGAAGAGUAUUUGUCACCCUAACUUUUAAAUCUUUGGACGAAACUCUGUGGUGUGGUGUUACCAUUCAAAUGUAAACUCUUUGACAGAAUUUUAGUGUAGUUGUACUUUUUUCUGAGAAUUCUAUAUAAGGCGAAAUUUGUCUUUUAAGGGUGAAAGGGUGAAUCCCAAACUCGUUAAUAGCAACAGUUCAUUAUUUGUUGUCAAACUUUCAUAUUCAACAGGUUGGAUCCAGUGCUAAGAUUAUGUUUGAUUUCACUACUAGCAAUGGUACUAGAAAUAUCAACUUCCAUUUGCAAGUGAGUAUAAAAUCAUUUUUAUUUUAGUUUAAUCCUUUUUUUUUUCAUGACUGCCUUUUCUAACUCCCUGUUUUACUCCUUAGGGUCAAAUUGAAAUUUAGAUUUUGAUUGCAACUGUAUGAUAUUUUUUUACAGGCGGCAAACAGUUCUUAGGUAUAGCAAUUGACAGAGAAAUGGCUUGCCUACAUAGCAAGCGCUUCCAGUCGAGUUACAGUUGAGUUUUUUAGCUCUCGUAAGAAGUUUCUUGGCGAACUCGCGCGGAAACGCUCGCUACGCUGGUUAGGAAAUGGCUUGAUUGUUUUGAAGUGUUCUAAGUUACAUGGAUGUAUUCUCUCUUUGUCAUUGAAAGGUGUUUAGUCGUGGAAAGCUUGUGGCCCAGGUACGUAAACUACAUCCCGUUGAUCAUCAGCCUGGCAUGAAAACAUUCAAUAAUUCCAAGAACGAAGACAUGUUCACCAGCCAGGGCUUCAUUGAGUUUAAUGUAACCCAGAAGAUGGUGCCAAAAUGCCGCCUCUUACUGUUCUAUGUGAGGGAUGACCAAAACAAGGAGAAUGUGGCUGAUAACUUGGUGAUUGAUGUCGAGGACACUUUGGAAAACAAGGUAGUUCAUCAGUGUUCAUUCUAGAGCACAUUUUUGUCUACUCUUAAGGUCUUGUUACACGAGACGAUUCGCAACGACGAUUUUUAGCGCAACACAGCGUUGCAACAUUGUUGCGACGUUGUUUCGAAUAGUUACAACAUUGUUCCAACAUUGCAACACUGCGUUGCGCUAAAAAUCGUCGUUGCAAAUCGUCCCGUGUAACAUCACCUUUGGACUCCGUUUGCUCGGUUCCGAACGAAUUUUUGAACGGACCUGUGCAACCCGUCCGCUCGGAACCGUGCAAAUUCUCUUACAUAUUGCAGUACUAUUUUCCGUUCACAAACUUGCACGUGUGAACGAAAGGUGAACCUGUGCAAGUUCAAAAAUUUGCCUGGACCCGUGUAAAUGGGGUCUUGAUAGAGACCUUUAGAUUCGAGGACGAGAACGACUACGACUAUGAGACUUGAUUUUAAGUUUUUUAGCGUAUUCUCAAAAUAUACACACCCUGGAAUUCUUCACUGUACUUUUUUCACCAGAAAAGUUAGCAAUGUUAUCGUUUUUGAAGGAGGUUAAGACCUCUCUUGAUUGCAAAAUGCGAAAACUUCUGACACUUGAUAAGUUGUAUCCCCACUACGACAUUCUCGCUAACACUCGUAGUAGAAUGACGACGGCUACCACGUUUUCCCGCCAAAAUGACGCUGGUU